AAUGAUAGGAUUGACAGUGGGGUUUGACAAAAAGAACAUGAUGGAUGUAAAGUAUAAGAGAGUCAGAGAUGGUUGUGUGACUGAUGCAGUCUUUCAAGAAAUGUAUAUUUGUGCAAGUGUGGAAUUUCUGCUGACCGUUGCAAAUGUCUUUUUUGAGGCCUACACCAUAGGCAGUGCUGUAGAAACAAAUGUUCAAACAUGGACUUCUAAGGAAGAAGUACCUACACGGCAAUCAGAGAAGUGGGAAAUUAAUACUGUUAUUAGAAAUCCUGAAAUUGUGUUUGUGGCUGACAUGACAAGAAAUGAUGCUCCUGCUUUAGUCAUUACAACGCAAUGUGAAAUUUGCUGUAAAGGUGACCUUGAAAACAGUACAAUGACUGCUGCCAUUAAAGAUCUUCAAGUGAAAGCAUGCCCAUUUCUUCCAGUGAAGAGAAAAGGCAAAAUCAGUACU